AUGUCUGGCAAAGCUUCUGCCGCGGACCCUGCCGAGUAUAUCAAGAAACCCCAGUCCGAAAGCGCUGCAAAGAAUGGGGAGGCUUCUGACGAGGAGCCUGAACCGGUGAGAUUCUCACCAGAAGAGGAGGCAGAGCUCCUCGACGAAUCAAACACCCACAAGACUGAGGCAAACACCCUCUUCAGCUCGGGCAAGUACGACGCCGCCAUCUCCAAGUACGACGAGGCCGUCGCCGUUUGUCCCAACUACCUCGACUUUGAGCUCGCCGUCCUGAAAUCAAACGUCUCCGCCUGCUACCUCAAGCUGCAGGAGUGGAAAGACGCCAACACUGCUGCCACCGCUGCCCUAGGAAAGCUCGACAAACUCGAGUCCCGACUCGCAGAGGAGGAGAAGGCCGCUGCUGAGGCCAAGAAGCAAGAGGAGGAGGAGGUCGAGGAUGAGAUCAUCAGCGCUGGUGCCGAGAAGGCGGGCCCCGCAAUCCCAGCAGACGAGAAGGAGGAUCCAGCUCAGGUGGCGCGGGACAAGAAGAGGGAGGACAUCAAGCGCAUACGGUACAAGGCUCUGAUCAGGCGCGCCCGUGCCCGGAGUGAGGAGGGUGGAUGGACAAAUCUCGCCGGCGCCGAGGAAGACUACAAGAUCCUUGCCAAGAUGGACAACAUCACACCCGUUGAUAGAAAGCUUGUACAGCAGCAACUAAAAUCACUGCCGGCACGCGUCAAUGAGGCCAAGGAGAAGGAGACCGCUGAGAUGUGGGGCAAGCUGAAAGACCUAGGAAAUGGGAUAUUGAAGCCGUUCGGGCUAUCGACAGACCAGUUUCAGAUGGUGCAGGACCCAAAGACGGGGGGAUAUAGCAUGAACUUCAAGUCGAACUAG